AACAUUUGACACAAAUUUGACACUGUCUAGGUGUCAAAUUUCUAUUGGGUGAUGUUUUAUUUAUUGAAAUAGUUUUUUAAUAAAGUGGCAGGGGCAGAACUGGAAUAAUGAGUGUUUGAAUAUCAUUUUGGAAUUGGCGGUUUCAUUUUCGUUUCACUCUUGCUUGAGAACANUUUCGAACACUUUCGCCUUCUCUCCAACGUCUUCGUUCUUCGUCCACCACCAUCUCCAUUGCUGCGUUCUCUCUUCGUUCUUCGUCCACCACCAUCUCCAUUGCUGCAUUCUCUUCAUUGCUCCGUUCCUUUCGUUUUAUCUCAACCAGGGAAGUUGGAAUGGCUUCCGGAAUCCCAAAGUGGAGGGUUUGUACUUCUUUGAAUUCAUCUUAUAUUAUUGGCAUGAAUCGUUUGUUGAGAAAAGAUCAUGUUCAACGAAUUGCUAUGAAUGAAGAAGUGUUGAAUGAAGAAGGUGUUGUUGGAGGUGAUGAAGAAGCUCUGUUUGGAGCUGCUAAAGAAGCUCUGUUUGGAGCUGCUAAAGAAGUUGAUGAAGGAGUUGUCUUUGAUGAAGAAACCGGAAAGGAAAUUCAGAUGUUUGUUCAAAUUGAUGGUGAUGGUUGUAGGAUAGGUUUCCUGUGUUCAAAUGUAGGAUAG